UCAACAAUUCAAUAACCAUUUUGGCCAUCAAAAUAAACCAGGGCUGUGGUUCUGGCCCUAGCAGUAUGCAGAAACGAUUAUUGUUGACAGCAGAAGUUGCAUCGAGUCAACAAAUUGAUGUGAAUUCGAAUAUCAGUCGGGAGUUGGAGUCGGCAGAAGAGGGCACAAUGUCGCACAUUGCUCCUUCGGCCAUUGAUAAACUGCGCCGUUUUUGCUACCUGGGCAGUAUCAAGCAGCCAGUUUAUGCACCCACAAGUUUUGAUCUGACUGUGGAAGCCCACUUUGAGGCAUUGCGUGAGCUGUGCGACAAAGUGAACGAAUCGAAGCUGAUCGAGUUCCUGAGAGACGUUCUCGAUGCAUCCAAUGAUCAGUACUUGCCCCGACACGAUGAGGCGAUACUCAUCUUGGCCGUUUACCUUUCUACGUGUUCGGAUGAAACGCAGCGCACACAGGUGCGCAAAUAUUUCCCUGCGUUUGUGCGCACUUCCCAGGAGCUGUUCUUGUUUAUGAAGUUCGUGAAGCAAGUGCAAAAGCUGCUGGACCGCAAAACGCCCUUCAGUCGCACCGUGCGCAAAGCUGUACUGGAGUGGUAUCAGCAUCAGGCACUGGACAAGUUGCUGCAUAUGUGGUCGCUGAGCGAUUGCAACCCGGCCCAGCAUCGUGAGCUCCUACAGCGAUGCCACUACAUGACCUUUAAAUUCGAUGAGGAGAAGUUGGCCGCGUUGCGCGUGCUGUCUGCGCCCAUUAAGGAACUGAUUGAGUGGCCCGAAUAUCUGGAGCCUCUCGCACAUUGCAAGGAGACGAUUCAAGGCAUUGCUAAUCUGCGCCAAACCGCAAACGCAGAGGCUGCCCUGCCCCUUAUCCAGAAAAUGUCGCUUUGCUACGAGCACUUGCCGCGUCGCAUUGUGUCCAAUCAUAAAGUUGUUAGUCUACUCAUGGCCAAAAUGACCUACGACCAGAUGCUGCAGAGUUGGCCAACAUUCCUCAAGAUCAACAGGUCGAAUCGCCACGCCCAGACGUGCUACACUGAGCGUUUCUUCGAUCCCGCACAGCUGCGUGCAGCCAAUGUCGAGCCACUGCGCCUGCUGUUGCAGGAGGCACGCGGAUUCAGUCGCCAAAAAGUCACUACGAAAGGAGUUUUUACACCAAAGCCGCCCAGCAUUAUUCAAAAGUUGUACAAACAGUCGUUCGGCCUCAACAAACCUUUUGGCUUACGACUCCAUAUAACAAUUAAUCUGGAGAUGGUUUACUUGGGCAAAUGUCUUCUUGGACGUUUUCGCUCGAUCAAGUAUAUCGAUGCCGUACUUGCUUUAGCCUUUGGUUACUUCAAAUGCGACCCAAAAGUGAACGUGCGCAUUUGGUAUGACAAGAGUGGAAAGCUAAAAGCGCUGCCAUGGACUUCAUCCAUGUCGGUGGAUGAUGCCAAGGCCACUUGCGAGAGCCAGAAGGUGGUGAAAAUCAAACAGACUCUAAUAGACGUUGUCGACGACGCGCUGCUGGAUACAAAGCAGACGUAUGAUGUUUUCCUGGUGCUGGUGCCUUGUGGAACGCGUGGAAAUCAAAGGAAUAAGUCCGAACAACUUUGCAAGCGGCUGGACGAGUAUCGUGAAAAGCGAAAUAAAGAUGCCAAAUUCAUUAUAUUAAGUUUGCGGCAACAGCAGGGAUCCAUGGGCUAUUCGAGUGCGCGUAACGAGAACAUAUUGGAGUUGUGCAGCAUUUCAGAGCAGACGCCGCGUUUGAUCAAUGCCUUUGCUCACGGCAAAUUCUUCUAGACUACGAAAACUAAUACAACUUCUGUGCUACUCAACGCAAUGGAUGUCAUCCGGUAACCAAAGAAUCAUAAUCAGCUAUUUAAUUGAAAUCCCUAUGGUAGCAAACGCACAGGCUGCAUCAGCUGAUGCCUGUCACUGGAAAAGAGUCCACCGCAUAACGAGCAUAAACGUGCAUGUGACAGCAAGCU